AUCCCAUAAUCCUCUCGACGCUUAUUUCCGGUUUGUCUAGCUCCGACGUAGGUGGUGUGUUUCUUCCUCUCGCUAAGUCUACUGUGUCAGCUAAGUCUACGUUGAGUUUGUGUUCUGUUCGUUGACGCUGCUGGUGUUCACUGUUUGGAAUCAGUCGAGUGGAAGGAGUCACCACUGCUGCCACCAACAUGUCGGUUCCAAGCGCACUCAUGAAACAACCGCCUAUUCAGUCUACGGCUGGCGCCGUCCCGGUUCGCAAUGAGAAAGGUGAGAUUUCCAUGGAAAAAGUGAAGGUGAAACGCUAUGUGUCAGGAAAGAGGCCAGACUAUGCCCCUAUGGAAUCUUCAGAUGAGGAGGAUGAGGAAUUUCAGUUCAUUAAAAAAGCCAAAGAACAAGAAGCAGAGCCUGAGGAACAGGAAGAAGAUUCAUCUAGUGAUCCCCGUCUGAGACGUUUGCAGAACCGCAUUAGUGAAGAUGUGGAAGAGAGAUUGGCUCGACAUAGGAAAAUAGUGGAACCUGAAGUGGUAGGAGAAAGUGACUCAGAAGUAGAAGGAGAUGCUUGGCGCAUGGAACGAGAAGACAGCAGUGAAGAGGAAGAGGAAGAAAUUGAUGAUGAGGAAAUAGAACGGCGCCGUGGGAUGAUGCGUCAGCGAGCUCAGGAGAGAAAAAAUGAAGAGAUGGAAGUCAUGGAAGUGGAAGAUGAAGGACGUUCUGGGGAAGAGUCAGAGUCAGAGUCUGAGUAUGAAGAGUACACAGAUAGUGAAGAUGAGAUGGAGGCUCGCCUUAAACCAGUCUUCAUCCGAAAGAAAGACCGAGUAACAGUUCAAGAGCGUGAGGCUGAAGCAUUGAAACAGAAGGAGCUGGAACAAGAGGCAAAACGCAUGGCUGAGGAGAGGCGCAAGUACACACUCAAGAUUGUAGAAGAGGAGACCAAGAAGGAGCUAGAAGAGAACAAGCGAUCUCUGGCUGCACUGGAUGCACUCAAUACUGAUGAUGAAAAUGAUGAAGAGGAAUAUGAAGCAUGGAAAGUUCGGGAGUUAAAGAGAAUCAAGAGAGACAGAGAGGACCGAGAAGCGCUCGAGAAGGAGAAAGCAGAAAUCGAACGCAUGCGAAACCUGACUGAGGAAGAGAGGAGAGCGGAGCUUCGGGCAAAUGGAAAAGUGAUUACUAACAAGGCUGUCAAGGGCAAAUAUAAGUUCUUACAGAAGUAUUAUCAUCGGGGUGCCUUCUUCAUGGAUGAGGAUGAAGAAGUAUAUAAGAGAGAUUUCAGCGCACCUACACUGGAGGAUCAUUUCAAUAAAACCAUUCUUCCCAAAGUCAUGCAGGUCAAGAACUUUGGACGCUCCGGCCGUACCAAAUACACCCACCUUGUGGAUCAAGACACCACCUCCUUUGACUCAGCUUGGGGUCAAGAAAGUGCUCAGAACACAAAGUUCUUUAAACAGAAGGCAGCAGGGGUACGAGAUGUAUUUGAGCGACCGUCUGCCAAGAAACGGAAAACUACCUAG